UAAAUAUUAACAAGAUGGCGAAGCGCAAGGUUGAAGAUGGGAAAAAAGCCAAAGAGGCGGUCAAGAAACCCAAAGUUGAAGAUAUUAUUCUGCCCCCUGUUGUUUCCUCGAGCGUCAGACCAAAAAUACAAAAAAAAUGGACAAACAAACAGCGGGUGUUGGUUUUUUCUUCCCGAGGCAUUACUUUCCGAGCAAGGCAUUUAAUGAAUGACCUUAGGACUACAAUGCCUCAUGCCAAACCAGAAACUAAAAUGGACAGAAAAGACAAGCUGCAUGUAAUCAAUGAGAUUUGUGAGAUGAAGAACUGCAACAAGUGCAUCUACUUUGAAGGCAAAAAGAAUCAGGAUCUUUAUAUGUGGCUAUCAAACUGUCCGUCCGGGCCAUCAGCAAAGUUUUUAGUGGAAAAUUUGCACACAAUGAUGGAGCUCAAGAUGACAGGAAAUUGUCUGAAAGGGUCACGGCCUCUACUGUCUUUUGACAUCGCAUUUGAUGAAGCGCCACAGUGGAAGUUAUUGAAGGAAUUGUUCAUACAGAUAUUUGGGACACCUAACUGCCACCCCAAGAGUCAGCCAUUCUUCGACCACGUGCUGUCCUUCUCCAUCAUGGACAACAGAAUCUGGUUCCGGAACUAUCAGAUCCUGGAGGAGGAUGGGGCACUCACAGAAAUAGGUCCCAGAUUUGUGAUGAACCCCAUCCGAAUAUUUGAAGGCAGCUUCCAUGGGAGGACUCUGUACCAGAAUCCACACUACGUCUCUCCUAAUGAGCAUCGACGGAAGCUGCGGCAGAUAGUGGCCAGCAAGUACAUCAACCGGGUAGAUGCUAAGAAGUCGCUGGAGGUGCGAAGACCUAAAGAAUCCUACCGCCUUGAUCCCACGGACGACGUGUUCACCACCAUCAGACCGGAGGAUGCCCGGCCAGCGGAGGAGAAGGCCGACUCGUUGAGGAAUUCAUGAAGAGAAACCAAAUUUGAUGGACUGAGGCUGGGAAGAGUCUGUUACAUUCUAAGGAGUGUAUGGAUCACUUGUAUGUGAUGAGGCAUCCGCAUAUGAUCUGUAUAUGUACCAGUGACAAUUAGGUGUACCAGUAUCAAAAUAUUCUGGUAUUUUCUCUGUGAGGAGCACAGUAAGCUCAGUGCACAUGACUCGUGUAUAUGAAUAUCAGAGUAUGUAAGGCAAUGCUGUUAGUUUAUCGCUUUAGGAAUCGCUUGACCGACUGGUGUAAGAUAAAAGUGAGCAAUUUGUUUAAUGACUGAUCAAAUGCGUAAUAUAGACUCUGGUCCCUAAUAAAGAGAUACAAUUCUCAGACACAAGUAAAAACAUGUUUGUGUGAGGAGAAACUAACUGUUAUAAUAAAUUCAUAUGUAAGUUUCAAGGUUGUCAAUAAAUGCUGUCCUUGUAUAUAAAACAUGUGAAUAAAACUAGUGUACAGCUUA